AGCUCGACACCACUCUGCUCUGACAGCGCGGACACAGCUGACCUCAACAGGUUGAACAUCUGAAAAAAAACAUCAGCAUCAUGUCAAAGGAGGUUGACAGACACACGGUGUUUCAAACCACCAGGGUGCGGACUCCAUUGAAAAACGAUGUCUGUUGGAUUCACAAAUCAAAGCAGGAGCAAGAAGCAUCAAGGACAGACCAUGCUGUGGAGACCCGGCCCGCUUCAGUCAAGCGCUAUUCAUACGUCCUGUCCACAGCCAAGAAAUUUGAAUCAAUAGAUUCUUCACUGAGCCCUCCUCUCGAAAAUACACAGUUUUCUUCAUCUGAUGGCGAUUCAUCUAAUCAGGCAAAUUUUGAAGUUAUUCCUCCCCAAGAAGAUGCUCAGCCUGAGGGGUCAACAGUGGAGACCACAGAUGAUGCAAAGCCCCAAGCACCCAUAGAAGAACUUAUCCAAAAGGAUGAGGCACAUCCAGAAAAAACUGUUGCCAACACAACUGCAGAAAUCAAGGAAGAAUAUGCUGCAGUUUACCAGUCAAAUGUUGAACAAAAUGGCGUGGCUGCUGAGGUCUCAGCAGAUGCUCAUGUAGAAGAUCCUGUUGUAGAAACCUCUGCGGUUCCUGUAGUUGAACUGAAACCUAAAGAGAAACCUACAACCAAAACAGAGCCAGCAAAUGCGACACAAUUGGAACAUGCAGGAGCACAAUCGAUUGUGCAUCCUGCAGAGGGAAGUUGUGAGAAAGGUCCUUCAGAACAGGCUACAGAAGAAAUUGUGGAAGCUGUAGCUGAGGUUGCUGUGGAGUCAUCAGCUGACACGAGUGACGUGGUUAAUGUAACACUUAUAAAAGAGGUUGCUUUCCAAGAGAGUGUUGGAGCUGUAGCUGAGGCUGUGACAAAGCCUUCAUCUGGCAUGAGUGACGUGGUUAAUGCAACACCUGGAAAAGAAGCUGCUCUGCAAGACAGUGUUGACGCUGUAGAUGAGGUUGCUGUGGAGUCAUCACCUGAGACACCUGCUGUGACUGAUGCAGCAGGAGAGAAUGCUGCUCUCCAAGUCACAUGCCCUGACUUAGUGGAAAAUACUGCGUCCGAAACAUCUACCCAAGCUGCUGCUGAAGAGCCUGAAGAGUUUAUAGUCGAGUCUGCAGCCUCAGCAGAGCCAGUUUUAAAGACUGGAGCUGAAGAGGUAGUUCAGUGUGAAGUCCAGCCUGUUUAUAAGCCGGUUGUCGAGCAAAGUGUUGAGCCUGAGCGAGCAGCAGAUCAUGUGGUGGAGCGGACCAUCAAGGAUGCUGUUGAGCCUGUAACAUAUUCGGAUGCUGAAGCUCAGGAUGAGUUCUCUGACCAACUUAUUCAACUUUCGGAAGCAUUAGAUGUGGAGCCACCAACAACUGAAGCUGCUCCUGAGCCUCUGAAGGAUCCAAAGCGAUCCCACACUGAGGAGAACAAGCUGAACCAACACUCUGAUAGCAACAUCUCUGACAUGUCCCAAAGGUCCAAGGAGGAUCGACAAUCCACGCAAACUCAGGAUGAGACCAGAAAUAGCAAUGUUUGUUCAUUCUGUGAGAAAAUAAUUGAUGGAAAGGUCAAGAUCUACAUCAGCGAACCUGUGGUGACCUGCCACCCUGACUGUCUAAAGUGUGGUGUGUGUGCAAAGCCCCUGGGAGAUAUGAUGACCCCCAUGUUCUUGCACGAUCAAAUGGUCCAAUGUGGUGGCUGCUUUGCAGACGCUUUUAAGACCAGAACCUAACUGGGACGAAUAUGCCUAUACGAGUUGCCCUUGAAGACUUAAAGCAUACUGCAAUCAACCUGCUGUUUGGACAGAGGACCUCACUGAUUUUCCCCUAACUCUGUACUCUGUCUCCAAAGUCUUUUUUUUAACAUUAUGUAUUGUAAGAAUUCUGUUAAAGAUGUGGCGGCAUGCUAUAUCUAGGAGUAAUUGCCUAAGAUGCCAAAUAUGAGAUGCAAUCACCACGAAAGAUGUAUAUCGUGAUAUACUGUAUAUGUUUGAAUAAACACUAAUU